AUGGAGGGGUUUCAGAACUCUGCUAUAGUGGUACUACUUUCCGUGAUCAUCUUCCUUUCAAUUAAUCACUCAGAGCAACUCCAAUCCUCCCAGGGUCAAACCCUCCUAAGGAUUCCGCGGCUUUUGAGCAAUCCAUCCGUCUUAAGCACCUGGAACAGCUCCACUGAUUUCUGCAGCAUAGAUCCCACUCUAUCUGUAACUGUGGUCUGCUACGAGGAUACCAUAACCCAGCUCCACAUCAUUGGCAACAAGGGAAGCUCUCUUCUCCCUAAAAACUUUUCCAUGGAAUCUUUUGUCACAACUCUUGUCGCUCUUCCAACCCUCAAAGUCCUCACACUAUCUUCUCUUGGUUUAUGGGGUUCACUACCUGGCAAAAUCGCUCGUUUGUCAUCUUUAGAAAUUCUGAACAUAAGCGCCAAUUUUCUGUAUGAUACCAUCCCAGGAGAGCUCUCAUCACUGUCUACCCUCCAAUCACUGGCACUCGAUGAUAACAUGUUUUCUGGGGAGCUGCCACUUUGGCUUGGGUCGCUCCCGGUACUGUCUGUUCUUAGUUUGAAGAAGAACAUGUUCAAUGGUACAUUACCUAACUCAUUAAGCAAUUUGGAGAAUCUCAGAGUUCUUUCACUUUCACACAACUACUUCCGUGGUGAAGUACCGGACUUUAGCCGGUUGACCAACCUUCAGGUGCUUGAGUUGGAAGAUAAUGACUUGGGAACCAAGUUUCCUCAGCUAGGGAACAAGUUGGUCACUUUGGUAUUGAGCAAGAACAAGUUCAGAGAUGGACUCCCUGCUGAAUUAAGCUCUUACUAUCAGUUGGAACGGGUUGAUCUCUCAAAUAAUAACUUCGUGGGGCCAUUUCCACCGUCGUUGUUGGCAUUGCCUUCUGUUACUUAUUUAAAUGUGGCGAGCAACAAGUUUACUGGAAUGCUCUUUGAGAACCAAUCAUGUAGUGAUCAACUGAAGUUUGUUGACUUGUCAUUCAACCUUCUGACUGGACAUCUGCCUAAGUGUCUUCACCCCAAGAAAACUGUUGUAUCAGAUGGGAACUGCCUGGAAACUGUUGAUGAUCGAAGCCAAAACCCGGUUUCGUUCUGUCACAAUGAAGCCUUAGCAGUUGGUGUCAUUCCACAGUUGAAGAGCAGGGAAGGAAGAAGCUCUAAAACAGCAAUUAUUGCCCUGGGUGUAAUUGGUGGAGUUGUUGGAGCCGUUGCACUGGUUGCUUUGGUUUUCUUGUUGGUUAGAAAGGUGAACACCCCGAAGGCGAUCAAGAAACAUCCAACGAGGCUAAUUUUGGAGGAUGCAUCAGCUGGUUAUCCAUCCAAGUUGCUUCAAGAUGCAAGAUAUAUCUCUCAAACAAUGAGAUUAGGAGCACUUGACCUCCCAGCAUACCGGUCCUUUUCGUUGGAAGAGAUCGAGGAGGCUACGAACAACUUUGAGUCAUCAGCAUUCAUUGGUGAAAGUUCUCAUGGACAGAUGUACAAGGGUAGGCUGAAGGAUGGAUCUUGUGUAGUGAUUAGAUGCCUGAAAAUGAAAAGAAGCUACAGUACACAAACAUUCAUGCAUCAGAUAGAGCUGAUCUCAAAGCUCAGGCACAGACAUCUGGCAAGUGCUCUAGGGCACUGCUUCGAGUGCUACUUGGAUGAUUCGAGCGUCAGCAGAAUAUUUCUCCUCUUUGAACAUGUAUCAAAUGGGAACCUAAGGAGCUGGGUCGCUGAGAGACAUGCUAGGCAAAAGCUCAACUGGACACAAAGACUAGCAGCUGCAAUUGGGGUGGCCAAAGGGAUGCAGUUUCUGCACACAGGAAUUGUGCCGGGUGUAUACUCAAAUAAUCUGAAGAUAACAGAUGUUCAGCUGGAUCAGAACCUUGUGGCGAAAAUUAGCAGUUAUAACCUGCCAUUACUUGCAGAGAUCACAGGACAGUUUCCAUCUGCUCAGGCUGGCCGCCUGACUUCAGCAGGAUCCAAAGACCCUGCAAGGGCCAAUCAAGAAGCGAAAGCUGAUAUCUACGACUUUGGCAUCAUACUCUUAGAGAUCAUCGUGGGGAGACCAUUGCAAUCUAGGAAUGAAGUAGAUGCUAUGAAAGACCAACUUCAAGCAGCUAUAGCAUCAGAUGCAGCUACGAGGAGAAGCAUGGUCGAUCGAGCUGUUCAAAGGGGGAGCUCGAUUCAGUCGGUGAAGACGACAAUGGAGAUCUGCAUGAGGUGCCUAAACAAGAACCCUGUGGAUCGGCCUUCCGUGGAGGACGUGCUGUGGAACUUGCAGUUUGCUGCUCAAUCGCAGAGCAACGAAGUGUCUCCUUCCUCGCCUGGGCAGUUUAAUCACCAACUACGUCUCAGCAUCCUGUGAUAAAAUCAUGAACGCAGAAUUGAAGAAAUGGGUUUAAGUAUAUGGUUGUACCAUGAAACUAACAAAUAGUGUAUAAGCUGUAAUUUAUGUAUACAAGAGAUCAUUGGAAGGUACACAGAAAGUGUAUUAAACUAUCACAUCAAUUGUAAGUUUGAUGUGGAAUGGUCUUUGUUGUUACCUUUUGGUCAAUUGUAUCAAUUAGAUCAUGAGUGAAUUAGUGACAAAAUUAAG